CCCACACCCACACCUCACCUCCCACAACACCAACCCCCUCAACCUCACCCUCACCCUCACCCCCACCACCACCACCCCCAAAAUGAAUCUCACCCUCUUCUCCACCAAAUCCUACGACACCCACUACUUCACCACCACCCUCACCACCCUACAACCCACCCUCCCCGAGCCCAUCACCCUAACCGCGCACCCCUUCCCGCUCACCCUCUCCACGGUGCCCCUCGCGCGCAACAGCACCGCCAUCUGCGUCUUCGUCAACGACAGCCUCCCGGCGGCGGUCCUCCAAGCCCUCUGGGACAUCGGGGUGCGGGCGAUCCUGCUCCGGUGCGCGGGGUUCAACAACAUCGACCUCCCGGCGGCGGAAGCGCUGGGCUUCUUCGUGGCCAACGUGCCCUCGUACUCGCCCGAGGCGGUGGCCGAGUUCGCGGUCGCGCUGCUGCAGACGCUGAACCGCAAAACGCACCGGGCGUACAACCGGGUGCGCGAGGGCAACUUCAACCUGGAGGGGUUCCUGGGGAUGACGCUCCACGGCAAGACGGUCGGGGUGGUGGGGCUGGGGCGGAUCGGGAUGGCGUUUGCGCGGAUCAUGCGCGGGUUCGGGUGCGAGGUGGUGGGGUUUGAUCCGGCGCGGCAGCAGCAGCAGCAGCAGCAGCAGCAGCUGGAGGGAGCAGACGAAUUCACCACCCAAUUGGCGGGCCGCUACGUCGCCACCGUCGCGGACCUGCUCGCGCGGUCCGACAUCGUCAGUCUGCACUGCCCGCUCACCGAGGCCACGAAGCACAUCAUCAACGCCGCGUCGCUGCGCGGGCUCAAGCGCGGCGCCAUUUUGGUGAACACCUCGCGCGGCGGGCUGAUCCACACGCGCGACGCGAUCGGGGCGCUCAAGGCCGGCACGCUGGGCGGGCUGGCGCUGGACGUGUACGAGCAGGAGGGCGAUCUGUUCUACAAUGACCACUCCGCUGAGAUCAUUCAUGACGACACGCUGAUGCGGCUGAUGACCUUCCCCAAUGUGCUGGUCGCGGGCCACCAGGCCUUCUUCACGCAGGAGGCCCUGGGCGAGAUCGCGCAGGUGACGUUGUCCAACCUGGCGGAUUUUGUGGGCAGGCGGCCGUGUCGGAAUUCGUUGGUGCGCGAGGGUCAUCUGUUUGUGGAGGGGGAUAAGCAGCCUGUGCGGUUGUAG